UUAUCUCAUCAUCAACAAAAAAACUUGAUUUUGAAAGUUCAAAAGUUCUACGGUUCGGUUAUUUGCCCCUAAAACUUCAAGUAAAAAGAAUAAAUAGCUCCAAAACAUGAAAUGAAUGCCUAAUCUUGGCACGCUUUCUUCAAAAUAUGGCCUCGAUAUCUCGUAAAUGUGCUAACAAAGUAUUGCAAAGUUUGAAAUGUCACGAAUACGUAUCGCGUUCAUCAUUUCACCUCUACCCGAAAUUCACCCAUCGAUAUACGACGGAAGAAUUAUACAAAGGAACAGGAAACACGGUAUAUGAAGAUUUCGAACCGGGCGUUGGUCGCGAUGACGGAUUCAAAGUACCAUCCAAAAAAGAAUGGAAGCAAACUAUGAAAAAUUUGAGUACCGAAUUCGAUAGAUGGGUUGCGGAGAGAAAAGAACACUUGAUGUACGAUCCAGUUCUGGACGUUCACCAUGGUCAAGUUUAUAGAGUAUUUUCAUUCGGUAGAACGGAAGAUCCUGCGAAAUGGACUACAUUAACCGACGCCGAUGAAGGAUACGGUUACAGUACCUGCGAAUUCACCACGAGCGCGAACGGGUGCGCUGUUUUUAGGGGAGAUUUAUCUACCCAGAUUGUACCCGAUGGGAUGACUUUUCGAAGUGGCUUCGCAGCCAUACGUGCUCCUAAACCUACGAAAUCAUUUCAAAGAAAGUCUUACUACGAGUGGGGUCCGCACACACAUUUGGUAUUACGAGUCCGAGGCGAUGGAAGAACGUAUACGUUGUUGUUGGGUGCUUCUGGACAGUUGGAUACAUCUUGGUAUAAUGCUCAUGCCUAUCCUUUAUACACCAGAGGUGGUCCUUAUUGGCAAAUUUCAAAAAUACCAUUUACCAAAUUCUUCCUGACCCACAAAGGAUAUAUACAAGAUAAACAGUGGGAGCCGCAAACUGCCGCUAUAUCAUCGUUUGGAAUAUCUCUUAUGGACGAUGUAGAUGGGCCUUUCCACUUAGAAAUUGAUUACAUCGGACUGGAAACUGAUAUAUUACACGAAGAAAUACACGCUUAUGAAAUGUAUAAACACGAAAACGCUUUAGGAGAUUGUUAAACUUUAUUUUUUAAAUAAACUAGAAUCGUUUA